AAAUUUCCCGCCAGAUUUCUGUUUAAAGCGCGCUUGCGAUUGGUUCAUUUCAAUUGAGUCAAUUUCCGCCGGAUGUCAGCUGUAUACACAUAAAAACAUUGUUGCACCAGCAAAAAAUAUAGAUUCUAUUCUAUUUUAAAUGAAAAUUUAAAUAUUAAAUAAAUAAUGUCAAGUGUUAAUAUUUUGAAAACAGUAUUGAAAUUAUGUCCAAGAUUUGUUGAGAAAAUAUGUUUAAAGAAACAUUAUUGCAUCAUGAGGAAAUUCAGUAUUAAUAGACAAGUGUAUUGCUCUUAUUUUAAUAAUAAUAAUUUACAUUAUAAUAAUUGUUGGAAGAAGAAAAUGUUUAUUAUCGAUAAUAAUGGUGAAUCGAGGAAGAGUAAAAAUUCUUAUUUUAUAAUGGGUGGAAUUUAUACACUUUUUGGUUUGUUCAAAGAAAAAGAGGAGAAGGAAGAGGAACCUGAAUAUAUUACAGCAAUGAAACGUUCUAUUUUGGCUAUGCAGCAACACGUAUGAUUUCUAGAGAGGAGAAUUCAAGAAAGCCGAACAAAUGUUACAUCUUGCACUUCACAUGGCGCAAACAAUUGACCACUUUAAGGCACAAACGUAUAUUUUCGAUUUAAUGGCAAAUUUGGCUUUUGAAAUGGGCGAUUUUGAGAAGGCAGAAAAAUUAUUUGUCACCGUUAUGCAACGAUUAAUUUCCACUGGAACGGCGGAAAAUGAUUUGAGAAUCGUUCAUAUGAGUUUGAAAUUAUCAAAAAUUUACGAAGCUAAAGGCCAGUUGGAAAAAGCUGAAGACGGUUAUAAAUUUUGUUUGCAUGCUUUGAAGGAGAAUCCGAAUAAUGAGGAGACGAAAUUUUUUCUAUUAAUGACGCUCGAUUAUUAUGCGCAUUUAUUAAUUGAAAAAUCAAAGGAAUUGGAGGCCUAUAAAAUGCUUCUUCAAGCUUACGAAUUGUCAAUUCCAAUUAAUGGCAUUGAACACGAGCAAACAAUUACAAUUUUAAAUGAUCUCGGCACAAUUGAAUGCAGACAAGGAAAUUAUAAUUUGUCAAUUCAACAUUUGAAUGAAGCACUCAAAGCCGCGGAGAAACUCGAGGAUUUUGAGUCAAGUGCAUUGCAUAUUAAUUUAGGUUUCACUUAUUUAAAACAAGGACUUUAUGAGGAGGCGAAAAAAUCUUGUAAAGAAGGUCAGAUUAUUGCGAGAAUGAUAAAAAAUAGCGAAUCACUUAACGAGGCAAAUGUAUGUUUAGAGGAAAUCAAAAAUUUAUCAAAGCGAAAGUGAAAAAAGAAUUCUUUUAUCUCCCAAAAUAAGGGAAAAUUAAAUUAAUUUAAUUAUUUCAUCAAUCGAAAAAAGUAAUGAAAACUAAAUAA